CGAAUGGAAAAGUCACGUGGUAGGUUUCGUCACCACAUUUCCGUAAUAACACAAGACGACCUCAAGAACGAAGCAGACGAAGUGGUUGAUUUCAGGAGAGUUUUUUCCCGAUAACAACCAAAGAAAACCAGAGAUAUUCAGCCAGUUCACUAGAUAAUUACUUCAGUUUACCAGUUUACAGUACAGAUAGUUGUAUAAAAGUCAAACCAGGGGGAGAUAAAUCCAGUAAAACCCUUAGCAGACUUUUGGUGCUGUAACCUGGUUUCAUGUUAGAUAAUUUGAUGUCUAAGAACACUCAAAAUGGUGAAAACCUUUCAAGCAUAUUUGCCAAACAAAUGUCACCGCACUUAUAGCUGUGUCCACUGUCGAGCUCACCUAGCCAAUCAUGAUGAGUUGAUAUCUAAGUCAUUUCAAGGAAGUCAAGGAAGAGCUUACCUGUUUAAUUCUGUUGUUAAUGUAGGCUGUGGUCCUGCUGAAGAAAGAGUAUUACUAACAGGCUUACACGCUGUAGCAGAUAUAUUCUGUGAAUGCUGUAAAACUACACUCGGCUGGAAAUAUGAACAUGCCUUUGAAUCUAGUCAGAAAUACAAGGAAGGGAAAUUUAUAAUAGAACUUGCACACAUGAUCAAAGACAAUGGAUGGGACUGACCACAGAUAAAUCUUAUUUGACCAGAUCAUGUCAUUGUUUUCAGAACCUUGUCAAUUGCGAUAAAUGGACGCUAAAUGAUUCAUAACUUUUGAAUGUAGUGUUCAUGGAUAGAAUAGUGCUAAGUUCAAACUAGACACUGUAUGAAAGAAAUGUUCAUUUUUCUCCUUUGUAUCCGGUGCACAAUCACCAUCAUCAAAACUGGAUACAUGUGAUCAUUUGAAAUGAUUUAAUUGGUUGAUUAUUUCAAUAUAUGUUGUAGAGUUUGAUUCAACAUGCUUUAUUAUUCAAAAAGUGUUUAGUAUAUAUAUUUUUGUAUGUACGAUAAUCUUUGACCUACCUUUACAAAUGUCAAGGUAGUAUGAAAUUGUUGUAAAGGUACAGUCUAAGGUAGACAACUCAAUUUUGUAAACAGAUAAAUUAUUUCAAGUUGAAAGUUUUUAUGAAGUGUGGAUGUUUAGAUCAGGAAACUCUGAUAACAAUUUUCAACAUUUAAAAAAAGGCAUUAUACGAAAAAAAUAAAAGGAGAUUAUGAAAAAAGAUAAGAAUAAUUUCAAGAUUGUAGUUAAAAAUAAGCAUUAAUUGGAUCUCACCCUCCUUUACUUUAUCUCAGGAAAUGUUUAACUUCACUGCUUGUGUUUGUGAGCAAUGAUAACAUAAUAACAAACGUACAUGUCAUUUAGUUUCCAUCUUUUUAUUAAGAAGGAAUAAUUGUAUUUAUUGUCAUAUGACAGAUUAAAUAAGUAAGAAUCCAUUACAGUACUUACAAAAUGUUGUUUUCCAUGUCUCCUUUCAUUCUCUUAUUAACACUACUGAUCUGCUGAAAACUGAUGGGAUAAGUUCUAUAGAAAACAAUACACUUGUCUGUGUUCUGACUUUUCAGCUGCUUAAAUUUAUGUUUAAUUUUUCACUAAAAAGUCUACACACUUAUUUUGGUACUUAAAAACAUUGAGUAGUUCUUAGAAUAUUUUUUCAAGUCUCUUUAUUUUUCCCAUUUAGUUAAACAUGUUUAAAGAAAAUUUACUAAACGAAGAAAUCCUUUUGAUUGGUGUCAUAAGUAUAAUGAGGUGGACAGUUAUACACAGAUAUAGUACUGGGGGUUACAAGCUCUCAUGUAUAACAUGUUACACUUUAUCUACAUAUGUAUGAAUACAUUGUCGAUACCAAUACUGGCUUUAAUACAAUGGUUUAUAUCACACUAUUUACAGUAGAUAAAAGUUGUCAGAAUUGUAAACUCUUGAUAUUGAAGUAAGAUUUACAUUUGGUUCCUAUUACUGAUAUGCUGUUUACCUAUGUAUUUCAUUGUUUUUUUAGUCUGAAUAUUUAAGUAAAGUUUUGUUUUAUAGAACAAAUUAUGUUUAUUGGAAAUUUCUAAAAAAAAAAAGCACCAUUUGUUUGGCAACAAAAUGCGAAAAUAAUUAUGUUUAUGUAAAGCAUUUGUUUAGCAUUACAUAUUUAUUUUAAAAGACUUUUAAUGUUUGAUUGCAACAUAAAAAGUUUUUCAGUUAUUCAUCUGCUCUAUUUAUUUUCAAAUACUAUUAUAUUAAAAAGUAGUAUAAUUCUUCAAAUGAUAUCAUUAAUUUAUACCAUAGUUACCUUGAAUACCCUUUUCUCUUCAUAUAAUGUAAUAAGAACCACAUGUAUAUUUUCUUUAAGCCUUAUUAUGAAAAAAAUAUUUAUUUGUUGAAUUAUUUAUAUUAUUUUAUGUAAAACUUUUGUAUGUAAACAACAGACUUUUGAUACUUGUAUUUAUUUGAUGCAGUAGUAAAUUGAUAGUACUAAAGGUGACCAUUACAUUGCCAAUUACUAAACAGAUAAAGCAUCAGUAACUCUUCUUUAUAAGGGAGCUCAAUUUUCAAACAUUUAUUAUAAAAUUUGACAAUAUUGUUGAAGAUAGUAGACAUUUUAUGACAAAAUGACAUUGUUUCUCUUUUCAUAAUUCUCUCUUUGCAUCAAUGGAUAUUUUCUUAGGGUUAUCUUCAAUUACAUUAUUUGUGUAAGAAUUUUUAACAUUUUAUUAUUCAAAUUUAUUUAAGGUAAUAUUGUAGCAAAAACAAUUCCUUUCUCACAAAAUCAUCUGAAAUGUUUCUCAGUUAGAUUGUCUUUAUACUUCUGGUUCUGCAAAAUUCUCAUAUUUUGUAAGUGUUAGUCCCAAAAAAUAAAAGAAAUAAAACAUUAGAAAGUAUUCAGUACAUACCAAACCAACAAAACUUUUACAAAAAGGGGAGAUAACUCCAAUGGUUAGCAGAGGGAAUACUUUCCAAAAGAUACUGUGAAACAAUUUACUAAACAUACUUAUGGCUAUAAUAGUAAACAUAUAUAUGACAGCACCACUAUCUUAAGGUUAGAAAAUAAACAAAGCUUACAAUCAAAAUAACUUAUAAGAAAACUUCAUUUUUGUCUUCUUAGAAAAUUAAUUGAAAUUUUGAUGAUGAUGUCAUUUUGUAAGUCUAUAAAACAAGUAAUGUUUGCUGAUAAGCAAUACCACAGAACACAUAUGAAAUAAAAAUAUAUUUUUUUAAUUGUUGUGAUAUGACAAAACUUUUAUAAAGUGACAUUGUAAAAGUUAUCAGUAAAGUCUUUCAAAGUCCGAGUUGGCUUACCAUAUUGUUUAUAUAACCACACUGUAAUGUUUGAAUCUCAGUACAUUCACCAUCACAUAUAUCAUGUUUUUCUUCUCAUAUUUUGUUUGAGUUUUCAUAUUUUGCAGGAUACAUGAACUGAUAGGAAUUCUUUGCUCUCAUUGUCAUUAUUUGUCAUUUGAGUGAGUAAUUCUGUUAUUUUACUUGUGAAAUUCAAGUCGUCAUCAGAUAAUGAUCACGGUUAGAUUGACUGUGUCAUAAACCCUUAGAGAUUAAAGGACUAUGGGAAUUAGAUGGAAGUCAGGUAUACUUCAAGAUAAAGGACUAUGGGAAUUAGAUGGAAGUCAGGUGUACUUCAAGAUAAAGGACUAUGGGAAUUAGAUGGAAGUCAGGUGUACUUCAAGAUAAAGGACUAUGGGAAUUAGAUGGAAGUCAGGUGUACUCCAAGAUAAAGGACUAUGGGAAAUAGAUGGAAGUCAGGUGUACUUCAAGAAUUGAAAUAGUCCUGAUAUAGAUCUAAAGUGAUUUAUAAGAUGAUGCAUCACUGCAUUAUAGUGAAUUAACUCAUUUUUCAUUACACAUGCAUAUAUUGUACAAAUCUCAUAUGCGUAUCAUGUGAUCUUCUAAGUGCUGUAAUACUUGUCUUUUCUGUCUUUCAUUCACAUUAUGUCUCAUGUUGUGUACUUUCUUUUGUAGUGCUAAGUAUACUGCUCCAUAAUGUUAAUAUUCAAUUGAAUGGUUUGUUUUCACUUAUCUAAGAUACCAGAUUCACGGUUUGGUAACUCAGAUGUGCUUUUUAUCUACAUAAGGACUCAAAAGUGGUGCUUGAAUCAAAACAGUCUAAAGUCUAUAUCUCUGAAAUAUUGAAGAGCAUUGAAGUCGUGAAAAUGAUACUUUUUAUAAAAAUAACAAGAAAGUGAGAUGUCAUCAUCUCUUAACUUUUUUUUUUAUCAAUCUACUACAAUACAAGUGGAUUCAAGAACCAUGAUUUUCAUUUGUUAUUUCUACAAUUUUUUUCUGUUAACUUAUGUUCAAGACAAGAUUUAUAGAGUGUUGUAAAUUUUCAUGUUUAUGAGCAGGAUGACGUAAGGCUAAGAAUAUCAGAAGAUUAUGUUUUAAAGUUUCAUUUUGUUGUGAUCAGCAGAUAUAUUAUUGUUGUCAUAAACUUAAAAUACGUAAUAAUUUAUCAUUUGAUUUUGAGUGCUUUCCAUGGUCUUAAUUUCAGUGCUUGUUUGUUUUUAUAUUUAUAAGUAUCAUAUUUAAAUAUAAUGGAGCAGUAUACACGAUAUGAUUGUUGUGUAUAUAUAUAUAGUGUAAAUGUGAUCAGUUUUAGAUGUGAUAUACAUACCAUCAAUGUUUGAUGUGUACAUAUUUAUACAUAUAUUAUAUAUAGUGGUUUUUUUCUGAAUUGUUUGAAGUUUUAGUUCUUAGACUGAUACACUCUUAAAUGUUACAUUGAUUUUAUUUAUUAUUUUGUUAAUGUUUGUUGUUAAUAUGGAAAAUUGUUUUAUCUGAAAAAUAAGGAAAAAAAUGCCAUUUGCCAAAUAUUGAUUACUUAAAAGUUAUGUUCAAACUUAAGAAUUCAGACAACUGUGAACAAUAUAAUACAAUCUUGAGACACCAUUAGAGAAAGAUAAUCUUGAUUCUGAAAUCUAACUUCACAGUCAUAAUAUUAAGAAACUGUCAAAAAUUUAAUCUUUGGAAAAAGCAGAAUAACCAAUUGAAAAUUAAUUGAAUCCAGAAGUUAGUUUUAUUUUGGAUGUUACAUGUUUUAUGAUCUUGUUAUGCCCUUUGAUGUUGUAGAAUCUGGAAUGUGGGAAGUUGCUUUGAUCAAAUUUUCAUGUGUUGUUUAUAAAAAGAUUAAUUUAAUAUUAUGUUGUUCACAAGUACCAGACUUUUUGUUUUCAUUUUGACAGUUUCUUCACUCGGAGACAUAUACACAAGUGUGUAUGUCAACUUUUCUGAUUGUCCUUUUUUAAAAUUAGAAACUCCACAACUUGUUCCAUUGAAUAAUAAAAAUUAAUAAUUUUGGAAUUAUUUUAUUUUAGUUAAUUUAUGAAGACUAAACAUAUAUAAAUGUCUUGCAGUUGGAAAAAAGUUUAAGCUUUCCGAUAUUUUAUUUGAAGAGAACAACCAGUAAAGCUGCACAAAUACCAGAAAUUAAAAACUGUUAAAGUAAAUUACUCAAAACUUGUUUACCAACAUUAUUCCUUCAAGAUUGAUUAGUUUAUUGUGUGAAAUACAUUUGUACAUACCUAACCUAUAGAAGAGAGUUCCUCAUCAAGAUUGUACAUCAGACUUAUGUGAUUGUGACAUUGGUAAGAAUGAUACUAGGCUGAACGGCUUUGCAAUAAAUAUCUAAAUAUUGUA